AACCAAUAUUGGGUAAAUUGUCCAAGAUGGCGGAUACAGCGUACGAAAGAAAAACAAAGUCAAUAAAAAGCAAUUAUUUCUUGAUUUAAUGGUACCAUUUGGAUGAGUUUGUGGUUUAGACAGAUGUUGACAUUGCAAGCAACCAACCCACCGAUUUGAUCCAUAGACGGCGACAUCACAUGCUUGCCCCUGUGUUGAUCAAGAGAUGUUGACACUUGCAAACGCCCGUGUUUAUGGAGAGAAAUUGGAAAACGAAAGUCCCUUUGUUGAACAAGAGGAGUUGAAAAAUGAAAAUCCUUGCGGCGAUCCAGAGUUGUUGACAGCACUUGAGAGCAUGUGUGACAGUUCAGACAUGUUAACAUCCCAUGACAGUUUUUUUAGCAAAGAUGAGGGGCUGCUCUGGUGCGACACCUGCGGGCAUGGUCUGGCGGACCUGGGUAGCUUGACACAGCAUGUUUUGGAACACAUUGCGGAUUCCAUUGAAAACACAAAAGAUUCCAAUGUCCCACAUACUACUCAGAGAGACCUUAUGAUCCGACAGAAACCUAUAACUGAUGGAGAUGUCGAGAAGUCCAUUGAAAACACAAAAGAUUCCAAUGUCUUACAUACUACUCAGAGAGACCUUAUGAUCCGAAAGAAACCUAUAACUGAUGGAGAUGUCGAGAAAAAAAUGUGGGACACAGAGCAAGUCCAGCAACUGAACCCACAGUGGGAGAGUGUUUCUGUUGGACAGGUCAAGACGACAGCAAACCAAAACGUUGCAAUAUUACCAGUGAAUGAUCCACAUAUGCCAAUGCUUUCAAUUAGUUGCGAUUCAAAGUCAAAUGUAUCGCAUGGACGUUUCUGAAAGUCAUAGCAAUCAAAUGCCUUUGCCGAUGAGUUCUACAGUGGUUGAAAUGGCAGAAGUUGAUGCGACAUCAGAGGUAGUGAAUUCAAAUCUGGAAGAAGAGUCUGGGGAAUGCUCUUCUGAUGACUUUGAAGAGAUAUUCAUUGAAAGAAACAAAAGGAAAAGCAAGGGCUAUGAUUCAGCCCUUCAAUCACCAAAGAGGGUUCGUGGUCAAGAUUUGUUCAGAGGCGUAGUAAAGCCGAGGGGUACAUCAGUUAGAGAGAAAGCUACAACAAGGACUGUUCCCCUUUAUAUAGAACCAACUAAGAGGAAGUUGGACGAAACGUGUAACCUAGUGAGUGUUAAGAGAGUGAAGAAAGCCAAGGCAACUAAAAAGUCCAAGACUGAAUGCAGUCGUCGAGAGAGGAACCUAGCUUGCUGUAUGAACCUGGAACCUUCAGAUGAUGACCACUUGCUCUACUGUGGGGAAUGCAAGAAGGCGUUUGAAGGGGACUGCCCUGUCCAUGGACCAUACAGCUACAUACAGGACAAAAAGGUGCCAGAAGGGUGCCCCGAUAGAGCUGACUAUACCUUGCCAGAUGACCUUGAAAUUAAAACCUCUAACAUAGUUGGAGCUGGUCUUGGAGUAUUUUCAAAAGUUGGACUCGAGUCCAGGAUCAUGUUUGGACCGUAUGAGGGCGAUAUCAUCUCUGAAAACUCUAAGUCAGGAUAUUGCUGGCAGGUACAGAUCUAUAAGGAAGACAAAGCGAGCAACUUUGUGGAUGCCAAGAAUAAGGCAAACUCUAACUGGAUGAGAUACGUAAACUGUGGUACAGAGACAAAUCAGAACCUUGUAGCAUUCCAGUACAAAGGAGGCAUCUAUUACUGCACAUUUAAGCCAGUUUCACCAGGAGACGAACUGCUUGUCUGGAACCGGGAUGACUACACCAGAGAACUUGGCCUCAUCAGAAACAAUAACUUGCUCUUCAGACCUAAAUAUGUCAAUGGAAAAGAAAUUUACCAAUGUGUACACUGCACGACGGCAUUUACAAGUGCAUUCCCCUAUGCGCGUCAUUUGAGGAGAAUGCAUGGUGAUAAAUUGGCAUCCAAUUAUCUACAAGUUCUGGACCAGUGGCUUCGAGAAAAUGAUAAUAAAUAUCUAAAAAAAUAUUCAAAACAUUUACAUUUUACAACCGUUAACACCAAGGUCAAUAGUAUUUCAAAGGUUAAACAAAAUAAAAGUGACAUUUCACAAAGUCUCUGUGAUAAACAAUUAAAAAGUGCAAUAUUAAAGAAGAAAAAGAUAGAAAAUAUGGAUGAAAACGAGUACAAUCGCGAGGUGUGUAACUAUACUAGUACUUACAGUAGUCACACGAAAGAACACAUAAGGAUACAUACAGGAGAGAAACCACAUAAGUGUGAGAUGUGUAAUUAUGAAUGUAAAUGGAGUAGUCAAAUGAAAAAACACAUGCGAAUACACACAGGAGAGAAACCAUAUAAGUGUGAGAUGUGUAGUUAUGAAUCUAACCAUAGUUGUACAUUGAAGACACACAUGGCAGUACAUACAGGAGAGAAACCAUAUAAGUGUGAGGUGUGUAGUUAUGAAUGUUCCAUUAGUAGUAACUUGAAGAAGCACAUGAGAAUACAUACAGGAGAGAAACCAUAUACGUGUGAGGUGUGUAGGUAUGAAUUUAACCAUAGUGGCACCGUGAAGACACACAUGAGAAUACAUACAGGAGAGAAAGCAUAUAAGUGCGAGGUGUGUAGUUAUGAAUGUAACCAUAGUAGUGCCUUGAAGACACACAUGAGAAUACAUACAGGAGAGAAACCAUAUAAGUGUGAUGUGUGUAGUUAUGAAUCUAACCAGAUUGGUCACUUGAAGUCACACAUGAGGAUACAUUCAGGAGAGAAACCAUAUAAGUGUGCCGUGUGUAGUUAUGAAGGUAACCGGAGGCAAAACUUGAAGACACACAUGAGAAUACAUACAGGAGAGAAACCAUAUAAGUGUGAGGUGUGUAGUUAUGAAUGUUCCAAUAGUAGUUACUUGCAGAAGCACAUGAGAAUACAUACAGGAGAGAAACCAUAUACGUGUGAGGUGUGUAGGUAUGAAUUUAGCCGUAGUGGUACCUUGAAGACACACAUGAGAAUACAUACAGGAGAGAAACCAUAUAAGUGCGAGGUGUGUAGUUAUGAAUGUAACCGUAGAAGUAACUUGAGGACACACAUGAGAAUACAUACAGGAGAGAAACCAUAUAAGUGUGAUGUGUGUAGUUAUGAAUCUAACCAGAUUGGUCACUUGAAGUCACACAUGAGGAUACAUUCAGGAGAGAAACCAUAUAAGUGUGACGUGUGUAGUUAUGAAGGUAACCGGAGGCAUGACUUGAAGACACACAUGAGAAUACAUACAGGAGAGAAACCAUAUAAGUGCGUGGUGUGUAGUUAUGAAUGUAACCAUAGUGGUGCCUUGAAGACACACAUGAGAAUACAUACAGGAGAGAAACAAUAUAAGUGUGAUGUGUGUAGUUAUGAAUUUAACCGGAUUGGUCACUUAAAGACACACAUGAGGAUACAUUCAGGAGAGAAACCAUAUAAGUGUGAGGUGUGAAGUUAUGAAUGUAACUGGAGGCAUCGCUAGAAGACACACAUGAGAAUACAUACAAGAGAGAAACCAUAUAAGUGUGAGGUGUGUAGUUUUGAAUGUAACCAUAGUAGUUCCUUGAAGAGGCACAUGAUGAUACAUACAUGAGAGAAACCAUAUAAGUGUGGGAUGUGUAGUUAUGAAUAUAACCAGAGUGGUACCUUGAAGACACGCUUGUUGAUGCAUACAGGAGAGACUGUACAAGUGUGAGGUGUGUGGUUAUGAAUGUAACCAGAGUUUUACCUCGAAGAUACACAUGGGGAUUCAUUCAAGAGAGAAACCAUAUAAGUGUGAGGUAUGUAGUUAUGAAUGGAACCUGAGUUCUACCUUGAAGAAACACAUGAGGAUACAUACAGGAGAGAAACCAUAAAAGUGUGACGUGUGUAGUUAUGAAUGUAACCAGAGUUUUACCUUGAAGACACACAUGAUGAUUCAUACAAGAGAGAAACUAUGUAAGUGUAAGGUGUGUAGUUAUGAAUCUAACCUGAGUUUUACCUUAAAGAAACACAUGAGGAUACAUACAGGAGAGACUGUACAAGUGUGAGGUGUAUAGCUAAGAAUGAAGGCAGCGUGGUAUCUUGAAGACACACAUGAGGAUACAUACAGGAGAGAAACCAAAUACGUGUGAGAUGUGUAGUUAUGAUGUACCCAGAAUGGUACCUUGAAGAGACACAUGAAAAUACAUACAGGAGAGAGACUGUACAAGUGUAAGGUGUGUGGAGAGAGACUGUACAGGUGUGAGGUGUGUUGUUAUGCAUAUAGCCAGAGUGUUUCCUUGAAGACACACAUGAAAAUGCAUGCAGGAGAGAGUGUACAAGUUUUAGGUGUGGGGCUAUGCAUUUUACCAGAGUGGUCACUUGAAAGGACACGUGAGAAUACAUACAUGUGAGAUAGUUCCAACGUGAGGUGUGUAGUUAUGGAUGUAACCGGAGUGGUAACUUGGAAGACACACAUGAGGAAACAUACAGCAGAGAGACUGAACAUGUGUGAGUCGUGUGGUUAUGCAUGUAAACAGAGUUGUCACUUGAUGAAACAAAUGAGGAUACAUACAGGCGAGAGACAGUUCAAGUGUGUGGUGUGCGGUCAUGCAUGUCACCAGAAUGUUUCCUUGAAGUCACACAUGAGAAUGCAUACAGGACAGAGACUGUACAUGUGUGUGGUGUGUGGUUAUGAAUGAAACAAGGAUUGUAACUUAAAGAGACAUGAUAAUACAUGCAGAGGGGAAAGUGUACAAGUGUUUGGUGUGUGGCUAUGCAUUUUACCUGAGGGUCACUUGAAAAGACACUUUAGUAUAUAUAAAAACGUGACAGAGUACAAGUGUGAGUUGUGUGGUUAUGCAUGUAACCAGAUUGGGGACUUAAAAAACGCAGAUGAGUAUACGUUCAGGGGAGAAAGAGGUCUCAAUAUAUUUAUACUGCAUGUCGUUUAUAAAUUCAUGUUGAGUAUAUUAAAUGUUAUUACUUAUAUAAUUCAAUUUAAGUUUGCAAAAUAUUUUGACACAUCUAUUUAUUUUUUAAAUCAUAUCAGUUUAUUAAAUAAAUUUAAUAAUUUCUUAAACAGUUAUUCACCUGUUCAAGUGGUUACAAACUUACAUUUUUGUCAUGGUUGCCCAGCCUAUUUAUUUCAAAACAGAAGAAAUAAUGAGCUUUCUCAGAAAAAAAUGGGGCUCGUCACACAUAUAUAUAGUGAUCAUUGGCCAUCGGACGCUGCUUAUGUCCCUUCUGCUUUUGUGGUGGUUUGCAUUCUAAGCGCUCUGAAAAAGCCCUUCUUCAUUGCAUAAGGUUUUUAUGCCUCUGGUAGGGUGGCAUAUAGCAUUUGAACUGUCUGUCCGUCCGUCCGUCAUUCCGUCCGAAAACUUUAACAUUGACCAUAACUUUUGCAAUAUUGCAGAUAGCAAUUGAUACUUGGCGUGCAUGUGUAUCUCAUGGAGCUAUUUUGAGUGGUGAAAGGUCAAGGUAAUCUUUCAAGGUCAAAGGUUAAAAAAAUCCAAGGGAAGUAAUAAGCUUUAAAGGGAGGUAAUUAAUGAACCUGCUAAAUGAUAUUUUUUUAAUAAAUCAAAGCGGCGCAGGAGGGGGCAUUGUGUUUUUGACUAACAAAACUACUUGUUUAAAUACUUCAUUGGUCUGAGACAAUGAAUGUAAAUAAUUGAGAGCAGUAUUUAUUGUGGCCAUUAUACCAUAAAAAAUGCAUUUAGAGAAAAAUCAGUAAAAAAUGUUUAAUUUUGAAGAGGAGCAUGUUUUAGGUCACCUGAGCAUGUAGUGCUUAUGGUAGCCUUGAGGAAACCAUGUCGGCUGUCGUCCAUAUUUACAUGCAUGUGUCAAAGUUUUAUUCUAAAUAAAUCUCCUGAACCAUUGGGCAGAUUUUUUUUAACUUUACAGGAAUAAUGCUUGGCGACCCUUUUUUUAAAAUGUUAAAGUCAUGUAUGUCCAUUGCAUUUGUAGGUCACCAGAGCUUAAACAAGAAAAAACAAGAAAAAAAGACAACUUCCAAAAUAUGUCACAUUGUGAAACCAUAAUGGUUAGGACUUUGAUAAUAUUUGGUAUGAAACAUCGUGUAGUGGCACUGUACUAAAUGUUUCAAGCCAUGCUCUUGUAGUCAAAGAAAGCCAAACCCCCCGUAUCACGGCAUUUACAGGUGCAUACAUAGACUUGUAUAAUGACUUCGGAAUCUACUCUGAAACGACAAGUUGCAGAGGUGUAAUAUUUAGCAAAUAACAUUGUAUUAUGGUCCUUUACCAAGUUUGUUAAAAUCCUCAUCCUAGGGUAAAGACUUGCCCAUUCCUGGAACUAUUUUGUUUCAAUGAUAUGUAUAAUUGUAAAAUAUGAAAAUUGAAAAAACCUCUGAAACAUUACGCACAUAGAUUUGGUUUUUCUUACCAAGGUUGUUCAAAACAAGCCAAAGGAUUUUAAACUGGCACCGCUCUGGAUGCAACCUGUUUUUCUAAUAUUUAUAGUGAACAAUAUCUCUGAAAUUGCAAGCCACAGCCAUUUGGUAUUUUGCAUUAAACAUGACAUGAUGGUCCACUACCAAGUCUGUACAAAAUUGUGUACCUGGGUCAAAAUUGGUAAUUCGGCAUGGUUACUUGUUUCCCGUAUAAUUAUAUUGGGUAACAUUCAAAAUCUUAUAAACUUCCUCUACAAAACAUCAACGACAUGCACACACUUUUGGGUUAACUUGUCCCCCCCCCCUCCGAAUGGGUGUAUUGCUAUUGCUCGCCAUGAACAAGAACCAUAUCCUUACACUUUCUUAGUUAAAGAGCUAUUGCCUUUUUGUAUUUUUAUGAUGUCCGUCUGUCACAAACUUUUCAGGAAUAUAUAUCAGAAACUAUAUAAGAUUGAACAAUUAAACGUCAUGUGUUUAUAUAUAUCUCAACCAGGAGAAAGGUCAUGAAGAAGAACCACAAUAAUAAGAGUUAUUGCCUUUUGCUGUUUUUGUAAGAUGUGCGUAAAUUAGUCUAUCACAAUUUUUUCAGUUGUGUGUCUCAUAUACUAGACAAUAUUUCACAUAUCACUUCAUGAGAAGUUCCAAACACAAAAAAAACCAUAACUCAGCACUUUCUUAAACAAUAGUUAUUGCCAUUUGUUGUGUGUACAUGAUGUUAUUGUUAGUGCUUUAUAUCAUAAAAGAUAAAAUAUUUCAACAAUAAGCUUCAUGGGUGUAUAUAUAGCAUUUAUGAGAAGUGCCAUGCAUAAGAACCACAGCCCUACGCUUUCGUAAAUACGAGUUAUUGCCAUUUGUUGUUUGUGAAUGAUAUAAUUGAUACAAUAUUUGAAUAUGAACCUUCAUGGGUGUAGAGAUAUGCAGUAUAUAUAAAUAAGGAAAAUUGAAAUGCAUAAAAACAAUAACCCUAUAACAAUAACUCCAUAUGCAGUCAACAAACGACUCAAUUUAUGUGAAGAAAGGAUAUCAAUUCGACGACUUUGCUUGUUUUUUUAUGAUAUCUCUGCCAAGAGUUUAUUAAGGAUUACCCGUCUUCAAGUAAUACAUAUAGAAAAAAAAUGUGAGUUAUGACUUUUGGAAAUUUCAUUUGUUUCAGGUUAUAUUUAAAGUUGCUUAAGAUUAGAUGAUAAAAAUCAUGUAUGUCUUAUUGGGAUUAAAUAUGUUUAUGCCCCGGUAGGGUGGCAUAUAGCAGUUGAACUGUCCGUCAGUCAGUCUGUCCGUCCAUCCAUGCAUGUGUAUCUCAUGAAGCUGCACAUUUUAAGUGUUGAAAGGUCAAGGUCAUCCUUCAAGGUCAAAAGUAAAAAAAAAUACAAUCCACGGGAAGUAAUAAGCUUUAAAAAGGAGAUAAUUUCUAAAUAUGCCAAAUGAUGUAUUGAAAUUUUAUUUCAAAGCGGUGCAAUAGGGGGCAUUCUGACAAACACAUCUCUUGUUCUGUGAAAAUUACCAGACUUUAAUGGAAACUCCAAUCUCUAUGGAUGUUAUGGCUGUCUUGCAGUAAUGGGAAUCAAAUUGUGAUGAUAUCAUUUUAGUUUAUUUUAAGUACUUAUUUACGUAUUAACACUUUUAAAAAUUAUUUUUAUGUGUGUAUAUAAGCAAACAAUAUGUUAAUCUCGUCAAAGUAUUUUCAUCAAGUUAGUGGUUGGUGCAUGUUUUUCUGAUUGUACAUCAAAAUGUUUUAAACAUGAGAUUUUAUUUCUCUCAGAUUGUAUAGAUAGAGUAACAAUAUUCACCUUGAUUAUAAACUCUACUUAAGUUGAACUUAAAAUGCUUUCUUGGAGCUUAUUGAAAUUUGGCACGUAUUUGACAUUAUAUUUCACAGUAUUCAUUGGCAUUUCAAUAAAGAAUGCAUUAAGUGACAGUUUUGAUAUUGAUAAAUUAGGCAUCGUCUUACGAAAAUGGAUAUAAUGUCAAAUUGGGCCAGAAUAACUCAAGACCAGUCUGCACAUUGCACAGUCUGGUUAGGAGCUACCUUGUCUGCUAGCAAGUCAAGCAAGGUUUUGUGGUCUUAUAAGCUCACAUAUAUGCUCCAGACCAGACUGCGCUAAUGCACAGGCUGAUCUGGGGGUACUCAUAUAGCAUAGGCAUAAGACGCAUUUUGGAAUGACGCUUCUCAAUUAAUGUAGAAAAUGCAUUUUAAUUAGAAUUACAUUACGUCUAUGAAGUGCUUUAAUUUGUUACACAUGUGAAGAAGUGUUUUAGCAUGUUGUCUUUUUGUACAAGUAAAAAUGUUUUGGUAUUUGAAUAGUGUUUAUGUUUAUUUAAUGUUUAAAAUUGUUUGUUCCUAAAACUUGUUUUUCUAAAAUGAAAAGUGUUUUUAAAGCUAAAUAAAAGAUAGUUUAACCUU